AUGCCGAACUCGAAGGCUGUUUCCACGAAACUGAUCAAGGAAGCGUUGGUUCACCUGUCCUCAGAAACAGUGAAGCCCUUCGACCCGGUGAGGCUGGAGCCGUCGGCGGUGAACCGAGCUCGUAUGGUCUUUGGCGUGGCCAAGAGGAAACGGAAUUGCUGCAAAGUGCCCUGGGAGAGUCUGUCUUCUCAUGACGGCUGGAGCUCGGUGAUUGUGGAGUACGAUUCGGCGCCGAAGAUGUUCUCGUACGGCGCUGCAAAGCCUUGCCUGACGACCGGUUUGAACUCCAUUGCCGGACUCGCCUCGACGGAAUUGCGGACCGAGGUCACUGUCAGUGACCAGGUCAAAAGCACUAGCAGUUGCUCUGCUAUACGGCCCACCCUAGUUGAGCUAGUUAGUCCACGACCUCUUCCAGGGUUCCACCCGAUUACUGUGGAGCAAUUCGUCAAACCCGAACGGUGCUUACUCCACCAAUAUAUAGGGUGUCCCAGACCCGCACACGUUGGGCUGAGUCCACAGCGAGAACUUUGUCAGACAAACGUGCUCAAGAGUCCCGUCGGUUGUCCUGCCUCUGCGUCCAGGGGUCCUAGUCACCUCGCUGAGCGGCGAGCGACGGCGGAGCCUGGCGUCAAGAAAACGUGUCAGUGCCGAUACAAGUUUGCGGUGUGCGCCGAGCCGAGUCACCAAAAGAUGUAUCGGUCGGGUGUGUACGUGGCAGCGCCGUUGUCAUUGUCGUCGCUGUUGCUGGUGUGUUCAUUGUUGCCUCUGUUGGCGUUGCCGCAACCGGACUUGUUGUCGGCGGUGAUUGCAAUGGAACGAUUGAGUGUCCUCCAGGACGACGUGGUUGUGGACCCGGCGCCGGUUUCAGCAAGACCGCACCUAAAGGCGAGCCUGCAGUCGCUGAGUAACCAGACGGGCGGGCUAGUAUCGUCGAAUGCAUCUGUGGACUCGAUCACCGUGACACUCCAGUCGCUACUGGACUACAUUGCGACCCUGGUCACCAAGGUUGCAGAACCCACGGACUGGCUGAAGCGCUCGGGCUUCGGCUACUACGCCGCGUACUACUCGGCCUUGGGUCCCGCCGUGUCCGCACAUGCGGCGUCUACUGCGACUGCGCACUCGCAACCGACGGCGACUGCCGGCAACCCGGGGCUGUCUGGCCCAGGACUGUCUGGUGCAGGACUCUGUAGGCAAGGUCCAGGAUCCGUUGUUCCUGCCGAAGGUGGUUCGGGACACGCGCCGGCGUUAAGUCCAUUUACGGGUUACUUUCUGAGCGCAGGGGUCUGCGAAGAUUGGCGAGUGGAAGCGCGCUUGUUGUUGGAGCGGCGGUUGACGGUGACUUCGGACAUCUUGGCGUAUUGUCUGCGGAGACAGGAGCGUGAGCGGCGACGUGGCGGUCCGCGGCAGAACGUGAACGCGUACCUGUUGAGUGCGCCGGAGGAGGCGGCGGCGCCCAAGGCGGGGUCUAAGAGUGUGGGUGCGAAGGCGUUGGGUGCGAAGGCGUUGGCUUUGGGCGUGUAUGGUUUCCUGGACCGGUUUGCGCACUGUUUCGAGUUGGAUGCGGCUACGCGGAGCGGCAUGGGCAGUGGAGGGAGGUUGUUUGCGGACCACAAGAACGUGGCCGCGUUUGCCCCGAAUGUGUCGACGGACUUGUUGUGUUGCACAGGCUUUGAAAGCGCCUGUCGCUGGACGCCAGGGAAGUGGAGUUUGGAAGGCGGGCUCGGUUUCUCGUUGCCGACUUCGCUGGUGGUCGCCUCGGCCAACAAGCACCCGCGAAAGUUCCAAGUAAACUGGCACGUGCUCGAGGAGUAUCUGCUCUGGCGGUGCGUCACCGAACAACAACCGAGAUUGGCACUUAAAGACGUCGCCAGUCUCCUGCCGCUCGUCAUGCCGCUGUUGCCUUGGACCGACUUGGCUGGCGCCGUCGACACGUCCCCGGCACUCCCGCUCGUGCCCGCCAUCGGCACUACGCCGCCCGUCCAUACCGCGCCCGCGAGCCUCAGCGGUCGCGCGGUGGAAGAAAUUUGCGACGCGCUCUGCGCCGUCAACUGGGACCUUGUAUGCCACACACUCGUCUUCCGCACCGGCCUCUUCAAUCAGGCACGAAGCCGCAACGCCUGCCUGGCCAAGUUCCUCAGCAUCGCACUAGAUGGCAUCUACUCCAUCAACCCGCCCGAGCCAGAUACCGCCGCCGCCACAGUCGCGACGCACGCCUCUCCAAACGUCGCGGGAAGAGACCCCGCCGGAAGAGACCCGGCCGGAACAGACCCCGAUGGAAGGAACGACCUUGGCGGCGGUAAUGGGACCGGUGUUGGUGGGGUGGGUAACGCCGCCGACGAGGCCGUGCUGGCGCAGCCGUGGUUCGAACUUACGAGCAACGCGACCGUGCCAGCGGAGUUUGUGGAACUUGCACGGCGUCGCAAACGCCUCGCCGGCUGCCGACCCGGUCCAGCCCGCAAACGGGAACCCGCUGCCGCGGAACGGAUCACGCCCGCGCCACUCGACGAAUUGACCCUGCCCGCCCCCGCCGCUGGCCCCUGGAAGCCCCUGGAGCCUGAGCACGUGGUGGUUGAUUCGGGCGGACGACUGUCGAGCGAGAGGUCUGAGGUGACUGUGUUGUCGCCGGUGACCGCGACAAGUGCGCCGUACGUGUCUGACGAGCAGAUGGCGGUUUCGGAGCAAUCCGCGCUGAGUGAGGUGGCAUCGAGCGAGGUGGAUGCGGCGUUGGUGCAUUACCGGGUGGUGGAGGAGCGUGGGCGUGCGCCGGUGGUUGUACCCGGGGCGCGUGUCCGGCGAGGGGCAGAGGAGUUGGGUGCGUUGUGGCGCGGGUUGAAGAUUUCGUAUGCGGGUACUCGAGUGGGUGCGUUGACGAAUGCGUUGGUGAAGCUGCGCGACUGGUUCGAGUCGGGCGGCGGGUUCGUAUCGUCGUUGGCGUGGUUGGCGUUGGGGGACGAGCGUGGGGGGUCGACGGGGUUGGACUUCGAGGAGGUGAGUGUGCCGGCAGCCUGGGCGUCGUUGGGCGAAGCGGCGUUGGAGACGGAGUUGGCGGCAGCUGUGGAGGACGCGGUGCUGUUGUGUGAGGCGCUGGCGUUGCGUCGAUUGAAUGUGUUGGUUCGGGUUGCGCAGGACGGGUGCGACAAGAACAAGUAUCGUUCGUUCGAAGCGGUGGCGGCGGACCGUCAUUUGCGUCAGCACCUGCAGAGUGGGCUUACGCACACCGCGGCGGGACGUGGUUUCCUGCGUGCGUUCAAGUACUUCCUGAGCAACAACCCGCGACUCGUGAACGCGCAGAAGAACGCCACGUAUGACGCACAAGUCGCACACACUCUCGCCGCCAACUUCGGCCGCCUCGUCAUCCCACCGCGCGCGUACUUCGAAACCUUCGUCUUCUACACGGACCACAACGGACGCACCGCCGGCGCACCACGGACCGGCGCGGGCGCCAAUAUGGUCGAGGCCAGCGGCGCGCCGCGACCGAGACUCUACCUCGAACUCCUCGAUAAAUACUGCCGUGAUGCAUGUCCCCAAGGGCCACUCUUCAUGCUACUCGGCACCACCCUUGAUCUCAAACCUGAACUGGAAGCCAUCCUGUGGCGCCUCCUCCUCGUCCUCCGCCAGUCACUUCAUACCUCACCCAAACUGCCGGAAAAAGCCACCGACCAACAACUACUCAAGACGGUCAUGACCCAUCUCCUCCUCAACACGCGUAUCCAGCGGAAACUACCCGAACUCAUCUCGACUCUACCCCCGAUCCAGUUUACGUCGGCGGUUGCCAAAAGACCCGCGCCAGCACCGACGUGGCGUCCGCCGCCUCAGAGCGUGCCGUGGCAGUACCAGGCGCGACAGCAGUUCGCGCCCGUGUGGGGUAACCCGCCGCCGCCGGCUGCAUACUACGGACGCCCGCCGAUGCAACAACCCGCAGGCUAUAACUACUUCGCCUACUCGCCCACCGGGCCCUGGCCGCCUACUACCUACCCCCCCAACUCUGCCCACCCACCCGGCCCACCCAAGAGACCGCCCUGA